AUGACCGUCGGGAGGAACCGCCCCACUGAACAUGCGUAUCGCGCCGAAGAGUUCUGGGAGGACGGCACAGAGCUUCCACAGGUCGUCCGCUGUCCCGUACCAUUUGCACUGAGAACCUUGAGGGCAAGGAACUCUUGCGAGUCGCAUUCCCUGUACUUCGCUAUCAUUGCCAUGGAUAGAUAG